CAGAAAUCCGAAAAAAGAAAAUAAAAAAUGGAUACAACACUAAUUUAUUCAUCUCCAAUAACAAUUAAACUUCGUCCAUUACUCGCCACCUCAAUCCGAUAUUCCUCCUCCACGGUAAGCAUGUCCAAAUCACCGGAAACCGGAGACGAUCGGCGGCGAAAAGUAGUAGUAUGUGGCGGUGGAGUCAUCGGAGUUUGCACGGCAUACUUUCUUGCCAAAAGCGGCGCUGCUGUCACCGUCGUGGAACAGUCAUCCGUCGCAUGCGCAGCUUCCGGAAAAGCCGGUGGAUUUCUGGCCCUAGAUUGGUGUGACGGUGGGCCCGUUUCUUCCCUCGCCCGUGCCAGCUUCAAUCUACACCGUUCAUUGUCCGAUGAGCUUGAUGGGCAUUCAUCCUACGGUUACCGUCCUCUCACAACCCUGAGUGUCUCAAUCGAUGAGUCUGAAAUUGGGCCUAGUGGACGGGUUAAAAACCUGCCGUCGUGGGUUAAUGGGCCGGCCCAAAAAUCCAACUCCAUUGGGACAGUCCAAACGACGGCCCAAGUUCACCCGCAGUUGUUUACGAGGUGUUUGAUGACGACUGCGGUGGAGAAGUAUGGUGCGGAGGUGGUGAUUGGGAGGUUAGAGAGAGUGGGGUUUGAAAAUGAGCGAGUUGACUCGGUAGUUUUGGAUGGUGGACGAGUUAUUAAUGCUGACUCGGUUGUGUUAGCUCUUGGGCCGUGGUCUUCUAAAUUGGCCUUGCUUUCGUCGUUGUUUAGGGUUUAUGGAUUGAAGGCCCAUAGCAUUGUUUUGCAGCCCAAAGAGCCUGAUGCUAUCUCGCCUCACGCAUUGUUUUUAACUUAUCACCCAGCCCAGGGGGGGAAGCCCAUGGAUCCCGAAGUCUAUCCUAGGCCCACUGGAGAGGUGUACGUAUGUGGAAUGUCAUCAACAGAAGAGGUACCAGACGAUCCAGAUCAGGUUACACCGAAUCCAGAAUCAAUAAGAAUGCUCAAACAGGUGGCUGGGAAUGUUUCCACACACUUGAAGGAAGGGGAAGCACAAGUAAAGGCAGAGCAAGCAUGUUUCUUGCCAUCCACAGAUGAUGGUAUUCCGGUUAUUGGUGAACUUCGGGGUAUGAAAGGUUGCUUUGUAGCAACCGGGCAUAGUUGUUGGGGUAUCCUUAACGGGCCAGCAACCGGGGCUUCUUUGGCCGAGCUUGUUAUGGAUGGUCGAGCUAGGCUCGUUGAUCUUAGCCCGUUCAGCCCGUCGAGGUUUAUUGCUAUCUAGCUAGUAGAAGGCGUUGAAGUUAUGUUGAAGGUUUUUUUGCCAUUUUUAUGUUGUAUAUUAUUCUCUCCUGAAAAUUAAGUUUAAUAGGAUUGGGUUGAUAUAUGUUUGUAACUCUCUUAGAAUGAAUGAAGUAGAACAUAUCACUAUAAAGGAGUAAAUGAAUAAAUCAUGGGGUAAACGUCUAAUAAGACUGAUGAUGUCAUCGUUAAAAAAAACAUAACUAUACAUUGACUAUUUGAUUUUA